AUGCUAAGUAAAUAUGAGCGGCGGCUACAUUUGACGGUAGUCAGAGUGCACCAACAAAAUGUAGAACAAUCAAUACAGGCUGGUAAAGUUGAAAUUGAUGGCAACAGACUCACUAUGGGAGAAGUAAUCGCCGUGUCAAAAUUUGGAUGCCAGGCGUACCUCACCAAGGAUAAAGAGAUCAUCGAAGGCAUCAAUAAGAGUGUCCAAGCGCUGCAAAAAUGUUUAGCAACUGGAGAACCUAUCUACGGGGUGAACACUGGGUUCGGUGGCAGCGCAGACGUGCGUACGAACCAUGUCACUCAUUUGCAAAAAGCUCUCAUGCAGUUGCUCCAGAGCGGAAUUCUCACCAUUAGUGAUUGUGAAAGCCGGAGUGGAACGGAAACAAUGUCCAGCCAAGGCCAUGCGAUGCCAUCUGACUGGGUCCUGGGCACAAUGUUAAUUCGCUGUAACUCUGUGGCUCGGGGCCAUUCCGCGGUUUCACUGUCGGCCAUUGAAGCUAUUAUGCGUUUGAUCCAGCAAAAUAUUAUCCCAAUUAUACCACUUCGUGGUUCCAUUUCUGCUUCAGGAGAUCUAAUGCCUCUCGCAUAUAUCGUCGGCGCCAUCGAGGGUAGCCCUUCUAUCUAUGUCCGUAUAGGCCACGAUGUGUACACUGCUGACAAGGUAUUGGCUAUGAUAAACGCAUCACCCAUAAACCUUGGCCCGAAAGAAGGGCUAGGUCUUGUGAAUGGAACAGCUGCAUCAGCCUCUUUGGCUAGUUUGGUAUUAUAUGAGACUCAUCAUCUAGCACUGUUGGCUCAGAUCAUCACAGCACUGGCAGUUGAAGCACUGCUCUGUAGCCGUGACAGUUUUAGCCCGUUCAUUGCAGAGACAAGGCCUCAUGACGGACAGGCCGAGGUGGCCGCAAAUAUCCUUGCGCUACUAGAUCAGUCUCAGCUGGCUCAAGGUCAGAACUAUGAGGAGAGCGAAUCUCAGUCAGUAAAUCAGAGGCCAGAGUAUCAAGGCCUUGUCCAGGAUCGAUAUGCCCUGCGAACUGCGAGUCAGUGGAUCGGUCCUCAGCUGGAGGACCUCCUACUAGCGGACCAGCAAAUUGCUAUUGAGCUCAAUUCCACCACCGAUAAUCCACUGAUAGACCGGGCGGCGGGUAAAUUUUACACAGGGGGUAACUUCCAGGCUGUGUCGGUCACAUCGGCAAUGGAAAAGACACGGUUGGCGAUCCAGAUGCUGGGAAAGUUGCUCUUUGCACAGUGCACAGAGAUGAUCGAUCCUUCACUCAACAAUGGGCUGCCAACUAACCUGGUUGCAGAUGACCCUAGUCUUUCUUUUACCAUGAAGGGGGUAGAUAUCAAUAUGGCAGCGUAUAUGUCAGAGCUGGCAUAUCUUGCUAAUCCGGUCAGCUCCCACGUUCAAACUGCAGAGAUGCACAACCAAGCAGUUAACUCCCUGGCCUUUGUCUCCGCACGGUACUCGAUGCAGGCGGUCGACGUGCUGUCUUUGAUGGCUGCCUGCUCACUGUACGUCGCGUGCCAAGCACUCGAUUUGCGCGUCAUACAGCUCAACUUUCUCCAAGCACUCACGUCAGUCUGGCGGCAGACCCUGCAUGUUGCUGCACUAGGGGACUCCCUUUCCCCAACUAAAAUGAAGCAGUUAACCCAGCGCAUGAACGAGGCAAGUGCCCAUGCCUGGGCUGCACAGUCGCGACUAGAUCUAGACGAUCGGUGUGCACGGGUUGUCGAUACACUACUCCCAAUUGUUUUGGACUCGAUAGCUGAGCGACCGGAUACUCGCUCAGUACCGGCUCUCUUAGACUGGAAAGCGACAGCUACCGUAAUGAUGAAAUCAACAUACCUAGGUGUCAGGAGACAGUUCUUUCAGGCUCCGGACACAGUCAGCUAUCUUGGUGUGGGCACGAAAAAAAUCUACCAAGCCAUUCGAGAGGAUUUGCAGGUUCCUUUCCACCGCGGUUUUAUUGAGCAUCCGACGGUAGAAGGUGAUGGCCAAGUGGAUGGGCGGGAUAAAAUGUCCAUUGGCGGCUGGAUCUCAAUCAUUUAUCAAGCCUUGCGCGAUCAUCAAUUGGCAAGCACAAUUGUCAAGGCAUUUUAG